UCCCAGCGCCGUGCCCGGGACAGGCAUUACUCAAAAGGGGAAAAAAAAAAAAAAGUAAUUAAAGUCGCCGCUGCUGCGCGCGGUCCCACCCUCCCCACCGGCCGGCUCCUCUGGCAGACGGGAGGGGACAGAGGGAGACGGCCUGCCGCGGAGACGCGCCACCUCCGCCUCCUCCGCCACCGCGCACUCGCUCGCUCGCCGCGGCAGCACCGACGGCGGCCGCUCCCUGCUUCCCCUGUACCCCCGCGCACCGCCGCACACCAUGGCCCCCGCAGCCCCCUGCCUCGUCCUGGGCCUCCUGGUACUGAGUUUGUGCUGUGAAGCUUGCAAGAAAGUGAUUUUUCAUGUUCCUUCUGAACUAGAGGCUGACACAUUAGUUGGCAGAGUUGAUUUGAAAGAAUGCCUUCAGUCUGCAGAAUUUGUCAGUUCCAGUGACGGAAACCUCAAAAUUCUAGAGGAUGGCUCUGUGUACACAACAUCUGCUAUUUCUUUGUCUGCUGAGAAAAAGACUUUUACCAUAUUGCUUAAAGACAUUCAAGAAGAUGUUCAAAAGAAAAUACAUGUUAGCUUGGUGGAAGAAGAAAAAAAGACCCAGACACAGAAGACCAGGCAUGCUAGAGAUACAGUUCUCAAACGAACCAAAAGAAGGUGGGGCCCUAUUCCAUCCGUUAUGAUUGAGAACUCACUGGGACCUUUUCCGCUACAAAUUCAGCAGGUCCAGUCAGACACAGCUCAGAACUACACCAUUUAUUAUUCUGCAAGUGGACCUGGAAUUGAUCAAGAUCCAAAGGGUUUGUUUUACAUAGAAAGAGAAACUGGAAAUAUCUUUGCUACUCGUGCAGUAGACCGUGAACAGUAUCCAAGCUUUCAGAUCAUUUGCUUUGCAACCACUCCAGAUGGUUAUUCACCGGAGGUACCACUUGUGCACACAAUCAGAAUAGAGGAUGAUAAUGAUAAUGCUCCAUAUUUUACACAGGAUCUUUUUGAGUUUUCUGUCCCUGAAAAUUCCAAACCUGGUGUAAUUGUUGGAAAAAUGACUGCAGAGGACAGAGAUGAGCCUUAUACUCUGCAUACUACAUUGAAAUACCGCAUUGUAUCACAAAACCCACCAGUAACCCCAGCAUUUUCUUUACAUGGUGACACAGGUGUCAUUGCUGUAUUAUUACCGCAGCUGGACAGAGAGCUGGUACCCAGUUACACUUUGUUAGUUGAAGUGAGAGAUAUGGCAGGUCAGCCUUUUGGUUUGUGCACUACAGGAACAGCUGUCAUUAGAAUCGAAGAUACAAAUGACAAUGCACCAUCCUUUAAACAGAUACAAUAUGAAACACGAGUGGAGGAAAACAGAGUGAAUGUAGAAAUACUGAGAGUCUCUGUUGUUGAUCUUGAUGAACCUGGUUUGCCUGGCUCAGGAGCAGUGUAUGAAAUUAUAAGAGGAAAUGAUGAUCGGUCCUUUGAAAUAACAACAGACAAAAACACAAACGAAGGAGUACUGUGUGUUGUUAAGGGACUGGACUAUGAAAGCGCCAAGCAAAGGAUCCUCGUGAUUGCAGUCAACAACGAGGCACCCUACAUGCUGGCACCACACUCACAACAACUUUCCCAGAGUACCUGCUCUGUUACAGUUCAUGUCAUGGAUUUGGAUGAGGGGCCAGUGUUUAAACCCUGUCUCUUACGCCUAGACGUUAAAGAAUGCGAGGAGAUUGGGACGAGUAUUGGGAGAUACAUAGCAGAAGAUCCAGAAACUGGAAAUAGUGAAGGCAUAUGCUACCGGAUACCACCUGGGCAAUGUAAUUGGAUCAGCAUAGAUGAAAAAUCGGGUGAAGUCAGAACCGUUAAAGUCUUGGACCGAGAUGUAGCAGAAAUGAGACAAGGUCAAUGCAAUAUCACCGUCCUUGCAAUAGACAGAAAUGGCAAAACAGGCACUGGAACAAUUCAGGUUUUCAUCCAUCCUGGGAACAAGAAUUACCCACGAAUCACUAAGACCGAGUACAUAAUGUGCAGAGACAGAAAACCGAUCUGCCUUACUGCACAGGAUGGUGAUGAGGCUCCUUACAGCACACCCUUCGUUUAUCGCAUAACUGACCGUAGCUUCGCUUCCUCGUGGAAGAUAACUCGACACAAUGAUAAUUCUGUGUAUCUUUCACCAAAGGGUGAUAUUCCAUUUGGAAUAUACAAUAUUCCUGUAAGUGUGACUGAUAACGGAGGAAAGAUAGGAGAGAACCACAUAACAGUUAACUACUGUGAUUGCGUUACUCCAACUGAAUGCAAUGGCCAGACCCGUGACCUUCGUGAUGGAAAUGUUACUCUUGGCAUAUGGGCCAUCCUUGCAAUGAUCUUAGGAUCACUAUUAUUGCUGCUAAUCCUGAUCACAAUUUGUGGCUGCUGUGGCUCUGGGGUAAUGCACAGGCAUGUGACUGAUGAUUGUGCCAAUCACAAUUUAAUCAUUUCAAAUACAGAAGCUCCAGGAGAAGAAGUGAUGGAUCACAAUAUAAUUCCUCUACAAAAUACAAAUGAUCAAGGAGGGUAUGGAAUCAAAACAGGAGAUCAACAAACAUUUGAAAUGGUAAAAGGAAGAGGGCAUACCUUGGAAUCAGUCAAGGGAGGCGGACAUCAGACUCUGGGAUCAGUUAAAGAAGGAGGAGGACAGCCUGUGAUGGAUACGUGUAGAUACUCCUACUCAGAAUGGCAUAAUUUCACACAUCCUCGUUUAGGUGAAAAGGUGCACCUAUGCAGACAGGAUGAAGAACAGAAGCAUUCUGAAGAUUAUCUCCUUUCAUAUAACUAUGAAGGAAAAGGAUCCUUGGCUGGCUCUGUAGGCUGCUGCAGUGACCAGCAUGAAGAAGAGGCACUUGACUUCUUAGAUCAGCUGGAACCCAAGUUUAGGACAUUAGCAGAAACAUGCGUAAAAAGAUAAAUGUGCCUUUCACAGUGCUGAAAAAAACUGUAAAUAAGUGGCUGUCAUACUUUUGUGAUAUUAGGUAUCUUAGAAUUGAGAGGGGGAGAGGUUUAUCAGAAUUAUUAUAGACUGGUGAGAGUGUAACUAAGUCUUACUUUAAAUUUACAACUUCCUUUUUUUAUCUCUGCUAGACACAUUCCAUCAAAAAUAAGGGAUUCAAUUUUUUUUUUCUUUAGUCUAUGUUAAUAUAGUAAUGCUAGUUUCUACUUAGAUUACAUUUCCUAUUCUUUGUGAUUACUUCAAAUGCAAAACUUUGUGUUGUCCUUUUAAUUAAUUAUUCAGCUUCAAAAUUUUAUUGUAUUUGGCUUUGGAGAAGGAAAGCUUUUUAACUCACUGUUUCUUUGUUUUAUUUAGUUCUGUAGAAAUAAACCAAAAACCAUUACUAGUGGAUAUCAAAUACCUUGUUAAUUUUUAACUUAUAUGAACUGAGAUACAAAACACUUUUUCAUUUUUCACAUUAAAGAUACUGAUAAAUACAUUAGACAACUUUAUAUUUUGAUUGAAAAUUAAAUAUAUAUAUAUAUUGUAUAUAUGUAAAAUAAUAUUCAAAAAUAUAUUUUUCUCUUAAUGGGUUACCACCCAUCAAACUUGCUAUCCUAAGGGAUUUAUGGUGUCACCACAUAGAGUAUCAGCAUUGUAUGCGAGUAUAUAUUUUUCUUUUAAGGAAAUAAAAGAUUUAAAAAAAAUAAUCAGGAAAUAGGGAUGACUAUUAUACUUCAAAUGAAUGCAAGACAAAUCUCGUGUUUACUUGACAUAAGUUUGUACCUCAGUUUCUUGUGAGUUUUAUCAUAGUAUCAUUGCAGAAAUGAUGAACUUGCCAAGAGUUUUGCCCAGUGUAGCUACCUACCACUACCUUUUUUACUUGACAUGUUACGGACUUCAUUAACUGUUUCUUUCUGUAAGUAGAACUUGACAGAAGAUACAGCUCAAAUGGAUUGAGCAUACACUGCAUUAAUUACAUGGUUUAAAGAUAGCUUUAUUUGAGAUGCAAAAUUACACUGGGAUAAACUGUCUGGUUUGAGUAUAUUAUGUGGUGUUGUAGAGGUAAGCAUUUACACAGAAUCUCUGGCAGAAAUCCUCUGAAUCCCAUUUGUUAUUUUACUAGAUUAAGCAUACAUAUACACUAUAUAUAUAUAUAUACACACAAAAAUCUGAAAUACCUUUGGCAGAUGAUAGGAGUGAAACCUGAAUGCUGCCAUAAGCUAUUUCUGGAAUGCAACCUAUGCUUCCCAGGUUUUAUAUGUUUCUAAUAUUUGCACUCCUGGUUGAGUAAUCUGUCCUCUGCACUCUGGGAAUUCUCUUGUGCCUUAAAAGAACAUCUUCCUGCCUAAGGGAAAGAGAAACUUGUGCAAUUACUUAUUUCUCUUGCUCUAAUUCUGCUUUUAGGAUUUGCUCUGUAAACACAUGCCUUAGGGAGAUAUUUUUUAAAAUUUCCUAUAGCUAAUGAUCUGUAAAAGGAAUUAUUAGUAGCAACAGAGUCGCACUGUUCUAAAUUUCAGUGCACAGCUGCUGCUGACAUCCAGUGGUUGCAGUUCAUUCCAUACAGAUUAUGGUCAGUGAAAACCCAUAACAGUAUAAAAACGUACUACAGUUAUAAAAGAGUAAUUUUAAAACCUCCCGUUUCAUACUGUAAAUGGACUUCAGAAUAUUUCUGAUAAGAACUAGCUGUGGUUAAUAACUUCAUAGACCAACGUUAAAUGUAUUUUAGUCUAUCAUUUGAAAAUGGCAAUGAAUUCAUCCUGGACUAGAUAGACUGCCAGUGCUAAGGGCUAAAGUCACCAGCAACAAAAUACUAGAUGAGAACCAAGGUGUUACAAACUUACUGUAUUUACAAGAUGCAUGCUAACACUGCUUUUCUGAACACGACUCUUCUUUAUCACUGACAGAAGUGAG